GACACUACUUGAAACAGAAAUACCUGGAAGAGCAGCGGAGUCGCCGUGAUUGUCGGUAAUAGUGUAGCCGCCUGAAAAUCGCACGGCGGGGAACGAGAAUAUGCCGGGAGAAGUCGUCGACGGGAAAACGGAAAGGGAAGAUCAUUGGGAAUGGGAAUUGGCAGUGGCGUGUAGCUCUCUUGCGCUUUAAAAACUCGCACAAAAUUUCGAUUUUUGUUACCGGCCUGCGACCAUUGGCUUUAGGAUUUCUGGCUUCUCAUUUAGGUACACGUGCCUCGGUUUGUCCUAUGACCUGUGUGCUUGUUCUGGUUUGGAUUGGUGCCUCAACCUAUAUGAACAUUUUCAUUGACUAGGCAAUCUUCCACCAAGUCGGAGUCCAGCAGCUCUUCUAGAAGCUUCUCGAAGGUUUACGCCUUCGGUGGGACCAGCACCGACACCGGAAAUGCGUAUUCCAUGGGGGGCAUGAAGGAGGAGGUGGUCUCGUCCUCCUCCUCCGAGACGCAUUCCGAGUCGUCGUCGAAUUCGUCUUCUUCUUCUUCGCAGAACGCGAAUUCGACGUCGUAUUCAGACGGACGAAUGUCCAACGGCCACUUGGUCGUGGACUACCUGUGCAAGAACCUCGACCUCCCCCCGCUCCCGCCUUACCAAGGCGGCAAAAAUUCCUCCUCCUCCUCCUCCUCGGAGGCGGCGGCGGCGGCGGAGAGCGGUUCAUCAUCUUCGAAGAGCGGGAAUAAUUCUUCGUCGUCGUCUUCAAAUAGCCAAUCGAGUGCUUCGUCGUCAUCGUCUGAAGCGAAAAAGAGCGGUGCGUCGUCUUCUAAUUCGGGUUCUGCCGGAGGAAGCACAAAUUCCGCCGGAAGUGGCGGUAGCAAAACUGGAGGAAAGAACGGCGGUUCCGCAAACACCGGGUCCAGCUCGGUUUCCGCGAGCGAAAGCUCAACCGGGAAAAGUUCGGCCAGCGGUUCAUCUGGUUCUGUAUCUGGGGAAAGCGCCUCAUCUUCUAAUACCGGUUCGGGUUCAACAAGCCAAACCGGUUCCGGUUCAACAGGCACCUCAUCUUCUAAUACCGGUUCAGGUUCAUCCUCAAAUACCGGUUCGGGUUCGUCAGGAGUGACAAGCAGCGGCGGGGGCUCAAUCAGCGGUUCGGCAGGAGCAUCGGCGUCAGUAUCUGCGGACGCCGGAGCCAGUGCGAGCGCCGGAAUUUCCGCCGGAGCCGACGGGAAGAUAUCCGCGCAGAUCAAUUUCAGCUUCGGGAUCAACUUCGCCAUAUCCGGAUCGACAUUCCUGGCGGGAAACGGGAGCGUCGCCGGGAAACCGAAUCCCCUGUUCUGGGCGGGGAACCCCCUGCCGUUCCAGACGGAGAUCGAGUGGUUCAAGGAGUUUCUGGCGUCGAAGGGGUGCAAGAGCGCGGGCGACGCGCGGUGCAAGGCGGAGGUGGAGAACGCGCUCUUCUGGUUGGGUUCCGUGGGCCUAUCGGAUUACUCUCGGGUCGAAAAACGUUCGGCGGUUAAUUUGCGCGGGAUAUCGCAGCUCUGUAUUAUUCAUAUUGCUAAACUUCUCCGGGUGGUGCUGGAAGCAGGAGCGAAGUACAUAGUAGUCCAAGGUCUGCCGCCGGUGGGGUGCCUGCCGGUGGCCAUAGCGCCGUGCCCCUUCUUCCUCCGCGACCACAUGGGCUGCUCCGCCGUGGUGAACACCGCCAUAGACAUCCACAACCGGCUCCUCAUAAAGACCAUAGAGUCCUUCCGCCGGCAGUACCCGGGGAGCACCAUCGUGUACGCCGACUACUGGAAGGCCUUCAUGGAGAUCUUCACCAACAGCCACAAGUACAAGUUCGAGGAGAGGACCAAAGUCUGCUGCGGCGCCGGCGGCGGAGACCUCAACUUCGACCCCAAGGCCCUCUGCGGCUCCGCCGCGUCCUCCGCCUGCAAGAGCCCCUGGAAGUACAUCAGCUGGGACGGCAUUCACUUCACCGACGCCAUGAACGAGAAGCUCGCGGACCUCUUCUUCAAGGGAGAUUAUUGUGACCCGCCGUUUUCCGAGCUGGUCAGCAAGAGAAAGAGUUCUGGGGCGUCCUCGUCUUAAUUGUACGUAGGUUAUUGUGACACAACAUAACAAAAAAAUGUAUGUGUGUCGU